CUAGGGGUGCAUUUUUUUCUUGUCUACGGAGGGUAGGCCGCGCGCCCCCAUAAGCACCGUUGCAGACCAGUCUUCAGAACGUCGUUCGCAUCGGAGGGCGUCUCAGCUCACACUCAAUCCAGCGUUUUUUCUUGAUUUAUGCGUGUCAUCCUUGCGCAGGGGUCAUCAUUUUGCUAAUUACCCUUCUCCGUAUCGUUCCAACUUCAACGGAUGCCACGAAGGACCAGUCCAGCUUUGCAGCGACUGAUUGGCGCAGAAGGCAACCAAUAUAUUGGAUAUUAAGGCAAUAAUAUAUUAUUGUUGUUAUCCAUAUUAUCCUAUUAGUACUAUAACAUCCAAAAAUUAUAACAUUUUAGCGAUUGGAUAAGGCAAUUUAUUCAUUGGCAAAAAAAAAAAAAAAAAAGAAGGCUCCAAGAUUCGAUCAUGGCAUGGUUGACGAAAUCUUAUCCAGUCUGCUGCACGACGGCCGCGUCGGGAUCGGGAUCUCUUCUGCCGGGGACCAGCGGCAGCACCUGUUCGAACCCCCCUCCUCCUAAUCUGCCGCAUGGACACCACCGAAUGACCGCGAGUCGCGGCGUCGCGGCAGGGAUCUCGGUCAGGUCGUCUUGCUCACCCUCGUCACUAAGCUAUCCCGACGGAGAAGCAAUGAUUGCCUCCGCCGCCUCUGAUCGCAUGCAUUCUCUCUCUGCUCCACGGCUAUGGCGUUCGUCGUCCUCAGCCUUUCCUUCGUGCUGUCGUCUUGCGGAGACUGAUAAUUGCUCCUUGGCUUCGCGAAGGGCCACUCUGAGAGGACGACGGGGAGGAGGAGUAGGAGGCGGAGGAGGAGGAGGAGGAGGAGGAGGAGGCGAAAGAAGGGGGGUUGAUUCUGUAAUUCCCGCCGCCGCCGCAGAGACGGGGGGGGGAGGGGCAGGUGACUCUGCUCCUACUGAUGGGGAGGAGGGGGGGAACUUGGUAGCACAAGAAACCAUGAGGGCAAUUGCGAAACCGGUUCUGAAAAAGGGGGACAUCGUCAGAGUGGAUAAGGAACUUUAUCUGAAGAGCGUCGAAUUCAAGGCCGUCGAUCAUCCGCCCAAUUUCACUGGGCUGGAUUACAUCUACGAGGACAGGGGGGAGGUGCUCGACAUCCGGGAGUUCGAGGCGGGGGAGUACUGCUUGCUAGCGUGGGCCGGCAUCCCGACUGCGCCGGCGUGGCUGCCGACUUACAUGCUCAUCAAAGCGGAGAGGCUGUCGUACGUUCGCGACUAAAUGAAUGGAGAUCAGCUUCAAAAAAAAUGAAAAUGAUGAAAAUGA